CGUCGUCGUCGUCGUUCACAUCAUGCCGCCCCGAUUCGCCGUUUUGGGACGAAUAAAAGAGAGCAUUAAGUAGUGUGUGGCGGUCACCCUACGACCGUUUCCCUCAUUUUUGUGUGUUUUUUUUUGUGUUCUGUGGGCAAGGGAGUUGCAUGUGCUAAUUUUUGUUUUACUCGAAUAAAAUCAAUAAUAUAUAUAUAUACAAACACACACAGACACAAUGUACAACUGGCUGUGGGUUGAGUUAGUGCUGCCAUUUUACUUUGUUUAUUGCAAAAAACCGGAAUGAGAGUGCGAGAUUCAAAACGACUGCAACGACUGCAAAUUGUGUACGACGCCACGAGGAAUGUGCCUGAAGCUCGUCAUUAUCGUCAGUCAAUUUAAAUGCGGAAUAGGUGAAAUUCAAACGAAAUGAUUUUUUGCUUCAGCGUCAUCUGCGCCAUUGUUGGCGCGACAGGCAGCGCGGGAAAAGGGACGCACUUCCUCGUUACGCACCGAAUAAUGUUCACCAUCCCCGGCCCUUACCCACCACCACAAAUGCGGGAUAGAGAUUGAAGAAAGUGGGCAGGCCCAGAAAAUCGACACUCUCUUUAAGCAUCGAUUAUGAGCAGGAAGAAAAGAGCGAUAAAAAAAUUAGGCGCUUUCAUAAGAACGUCUUAACGAAAGAUACCAUUUUAAAAUUCAUCGCCGUUAUGGAGCGCACUCCCUGCCUGUGGAAUCCGAAUGAUCCGGCAUACAAAAAGAAGCAAGAGCGCAAGUCUGAAGUAUGGCGCGAAGUGUCGAAGAAGGUUGGAGUGUCCGCUGCUAAGCUGCGGAGCAAGUGGGCAGCCCUAAAAUCCACGUACCGUGCCCACCGCACUAAGUUUGACAAGCAAAUACCAUUCGCAUGGUACGCGUACGAUGCGAUGAGCUUCCUCGAAGGGUUACUCGAUAAGAAGCCAUCGCCUGCUUUUGUUGCUGUGGAUGCAAAAUUGCAGGAUCAUGCAUCUGAAUUGAACGAUGAAACGAAAUCCGAGGAAGUGCAUGGUGAAGAGGACGACUACGGCAGCAAAUACAUAAUCGAAGAGAUAGUAGAGCAGGCUGCAGUGCAACAGGAAACACAGGACAAAGGAAUGCAUAUAGAAAGUACAGCAACGUCCAGCAGCAGCAGCAGCAGCAGCAGCACCAGCAGUAGUAGUAGCAGUAGUAGUAGCAGCACAGCAACAACGCCCCUCAUCGUUCAAGCUGUUCAGGGGCAGGUGGACCGGUCGUGCUGGCCGCAGCCGGACCGGUGUAAGCUCUUCAGUCAGUGCGUCAGUAUGCGGAUGGUAAACUUCUCGCUGCAGCAGCAAAGCUUCGCCGAAAAGAUGAUCAACGAUAUACUGUACGAGGGCGAGCAGGGCCGUCUUACGGCGGAGCACGUGUACAGUGUGGAGCUGGAGAUGCAACGGUUGCGCAGUGCGAUGUGGUUUCAAAGUGCGUGAAUGAGGGAGCUCGCGGAAGACGCUGUAUGCUUCAAGACAUAGCAUCGUACCAUUAGAACUAAUCAUCAGGAAGAUGUGUGUGUGUGUGUGCUUUGCCAUAUGUGAAUGAACUCUGCCAAAGGAACUUAAUAUAAGAGAAAAAAAUCGGAUUUCUGUAUAUCGCUUAUUUAUUUUUAAAGAUACGCUACGACAUCUUCCAGUCUACGCCGGUUUAGUGAAUCCGACAAUGUUUAAAUUCGAUGUAUUUACCGUUUUCCCACAUUUUUUAGUAGUUGAUCACGAUCACAAUAACAGAACUUAGGGAACAGAAAAUAAAUUGAAAAGGUAAAUUGAUGUUGGAUCCCAGCACAUGUGGGAAAAAGCAAACAAUAGGAAACAACACUCAUAAACGUAAAGUGAGAUACAAGGGCUGCAUUUUGUGGAACUUGAGCAAAAAACAUGAGAAAGAGAGUAAAACAAAGGACCAAAAAAGUUCGAAAAAACAUUCUGUAAAAAAGACAUUACAAUAACAACAACAAUAAAAACAACAAGAGGUAAAAGUAACAAAAACAAAGAUAGACCUUUCCUCAUUUUGAUCGAAAAAAUAAAAUGAAACUAGCACAUUGGGAAGAAUGCACGAAGUCCAAAACGGGUAACAAAUGCAGAAACACGAAUUUUACAUGUAAGAAAUAUGAAGGAAACAGAAAUAUUACAAAUUUCUUACAAAAUUUGCAAAGAAAAAUAAAAAAGGAAGAAACAAAACAAACUAAUA